AUGAUGAAUCCUCAGUAUUCUGUUGCUAUGUUUGUGGAGGAUGAAUUUAAGAGCUUGAAAAUGGAGUAUUUCCUAACUACAAAAUGGUGGUCAAGAAUUAUAAAAUGGAGGAGAAAUGUUCUUGAUAGAUGGCACUGUUAUAAAACAUUAGAGUCUGAGUCUGGUAAAGAAUCUGGAUCUGAUUCUGAAAAUGAAAGUAAGAGUGAUAGCUCUUCUUCAGGAAGCAAUUCAGGAUCUGGAUCAGGAUCAGAAAGUGACUCUAGCUCUUCAAGUGGUUCCGGGUCUGGAUCAGGUUCUGAUUCUGAAAAAUCAGAGAAGUCGGAUGCACCUGCACAAAGUGAUAGCUUCCAGAGCAAAAGUUCAAAUCACAGCACAGAAACAAAAGUUAGGCUUAAGAAUGAGUCUAGUCGCGAGUGGGAUGAGAAUCCUGAUAUUUAUGGAAUCAGGAGAUCUGGCCGUUCUAGGAAAGAGCCUGAAAGGCUUGCUACACAACGUGAAAGCGAUAGCGAUAGUCGCAAGAAAUAUAAAAAAAAGGGUUCACAUAAUUCAUGGAACUCGGACAGUUCAGAAUCUGAAUCUGAUGAUGCUGAAGCUGAAAGUAGAAGACCUCCACCUAGUAAAUCGUUAAAUAGACGUGCCGCACAGAAGGCAAAAGAAAAAGCAAGGACUCGAAAAAAACAAAUUUCUGAAUCAUCCGAAAAUUCUUCUUUUGACAGUGAUGAUAAUAGAAGACAAGUUACAAGGAGAACAGGGACUGCAAUUAGUUAUAAAGAGGAAAGUGAAGAGAGAACUGAUAGUGAAGAUCUUGUGGAAGUUGAUGAAGGUAGUACUGCAAAUGCAGAACCUGAUAAUGCAGAAACAAUUGAACGGAUUUUGGGGCAAAGACUUGGUAAAAAAGGAGUUACAGGAAACGUGACAACAAUUUAUGCUGUUGAAGAAAAUGGGGAUCCAAAUCCAGAGGAUUUGUCUAAUGAAGAAACUGAAAUGCAGUAUUUAAUAAAAUGGAAAGGAUGGUCUCAUAUACAUAAUACAUGGGAAUCAGAAGAAUCUUUAAAAGCACAAAAAGUAAAAGGAUUAAAAAAAUUGGAUAAUUUUAUUAAACGAGAACGGGAAAUCCAACAGUGGAGAGAUUAUGCUGGACCUGAGGAUAUAGACUAUUUUGAAUGUCAAUUAGAACUUCAACAAGAUCUUCUGAAGAGUUACAAUAAUGUUGAAAGAAUUAUUGCUGAAUAUAACAAGCCUGAUUCUGAACAUCCAGAUUACUAUUGUAAAUGGGAAAGUUUACCAUAUGCUGAAGCUACAUGGGAAGAUGGAGCAUUGAUUAUCAAAAAAUGGCCAGAACAAAUAAAAGAAUUUCGAGAAAGAGAGGAGUCGAAAAGAACACCAAGUAAACAUUGUAAAGUUCUUAAAUCAAGGCCUAAAUUUCAUCAAUUAAAAGGGCAACCAGAAUAUAUGGGUAGAGGUCGAGAUUUGACCCUUAGGGACUAUCAAAUGGAUGGAUUAAAUUGGAUGAUUCAUUCUUGGUGCAAAGAAAAUAGUGUUAUUUUAGCAGAUGAAAUGGGUCUUGGUAAAACCAUACAAACAAUAUGCUUCCUUUAUUAUUUAUUCCACACACACCAGCUUCAUGGGCCAUUUUUAUUAGUAGUUCCUCUUUCAACAAUGACUUCCUGGCAAAGAGAAAUGUCACAGUGGGCACCAGAUAUGAAUUUCGUUACAUAUUUGGGUGACGUUACUUCCCGUAAUGUUAUUAGAGAGUAUGAAUGGUGUUAUAGUUCAAAGAGAUUAAAAUUUAAUGCCAUACUCACGACGUAUGAAAUAGUACUUAAAGACAAAGCAUUUUUGGGUGCCUUAAAUUGGGCCGUAUUAUUAGUAGAUGAAGCACAUCGACUAAAAAAUGAUGAUUCUCUCUUGUACAAAGCGCUUGCUGAAUUUCAUACAAAUCACCGUCUUUUAAUAACUGGUACUCCACUACAAAACAGUUUGAAAGAAUUAUGGGCCUUACUACACUUCAUAAUGCCUACUAAAUUUAAUUCGUGGGAAGAAUUUGAGAAAGAGCAUGAUAACGCGGCUCAAAAAGGAUAUUCCAAGUUACAUAAACAAUUAGAACCAUUUAUUUUGCGACGUGUUAAGAAAGAUGUAGAAAAAUCUUUACCAGCUAAAGUGGAACAAAUUUUACGAGUCGAAAUGACAUCUUUGCAAAAACAAUAUUACAAAUGGAUAUUAACUAAAAAUUAUAAUGCAUUACGAAAAGGCGUUAAAGGUUCUACUAUGACGUUCCUAAAUAUCGUUAUUGAAUUAAAGAAAUGUUGCAACCACGCCUUUCUUACGAAACCUACUGAAAGUGAAAGAAAGGAGAGUAACGAAGAUUAUUUACAACAAAUAAUUCGCGGUUCUGGCAAAUUAGUUCUUCUUGAUAAAUUGUUGGUGAGAUUACGUGAGACAGGUCAUAGGGUGUUAAUAUUUAGUCAAAUGGUCAGAAUGUUAGAUAUUCUUGGCGAGUAUCUACAAAAAAAACACUUUCCUUUCCAAAGAUUAGAUGGAAGUAUAAAAGGAGAACUACGAAAACAAGCUCUAGAUCAUUUUAAUGCAGAAGGAUCACAAGAUUUUUGUUUCUUGCUAUCAACAAGAGCAGGUGGUCUCGGUAUUAAUCUUGCUACUGCUGAUACUGUAAUUAUUUUUGAUUCAGAUUGGAAUCCACAAAAUGAUUUACAAGCACAAGCUAGAGCACAUCGUAUUGGACAAAAGAAUCAGGUAAAUAUUUAUCGUCUAGUAACAAAAAAUUCUGUAGAAGAAGAAAUAGUAGAAAGAGCAAAGCAAAAAAUGGUUCUGGAUCAUCUUGUAAUUCAACGGAUGGACACAACUGGUCGAACAGUAUUAGAUAAGAAAAAUGCAGGGACCAAUGGCAACCCAUUUAACAAAGAAGACCUAAAUGCUAUUUUAAAAUUCGGUGCUGAAGAUUUAUUUAAAGAUGAAGAAGACGGAGACGAAGAACCAACUUGCGAUAUUGAUGAAAUUCUGAGGAGAGCGGAAACGAGAGACGAAGGACCUUCAACAGUAGGAGAUGAAUUGUUAUCUGCAUUCAAAGUAGCUAGUUUUGCCGCAUUUGAGGAAGAAUCCGAACCUAUUAAUCAGCCUAAUGAUAACGAUGACGAAAGCAAAGAUUGGGCGGAAAUUAUUCCAGAAAAUUUCAGAAAGAAAGUUGAAGAAGAAGAAAAAUCAAAAGAAAUGGAAGAUUUGUACUUACCACCAAGAAGUCGAAAAACAUUGCAGCAAAUUAAUCAAAGUGGGGAAGGAAGGGGAAGAAAACGAAAAAAACUAUCUGCUGAUGAUAGUGAUGAAGGUGAGGAUUCUGGAAGCGAGGAGGCUGAAGGUAGUGACGAUGAACGUCCUAAAAAGAGAGGUAGACCAAGAGUUACGCCUCGAGAAAAUAUAAAAAGUUUUACUGAUGCAGAAAUACGAAGAUUCGUUAAAAGCUAUAAGAAAUUCCCUGCACCCUUAAAACGAUUAGAUGAUAUUGCAGCGGAUGCGGAAUUACAAGAGAAACCAAUGUCAGAAUUGCGUUUCUUAGGAGACCAGCUAAAAUCUAGAUGUGAAGCUUGUCUGUCUGAAUUCGAAAGUACCGCAAAAGAAAAUAAGGGGGAAGAAGAGGGUAAAGGUCCUGGUCGUAAAAGGGGCAGAGGCCCCACGUUUAAAAUCGGUGGUGUUAUGGUCAAUGCAAAAUCUUUCUCAGCUGCUGUAAAAGAAUUGGAACCUUUAGAACAAGCUUUACCGACUGAUUCAGAACAGAGAUCUAAUUGGCAUAUUGACAUUAAACUUCAACUAAAAAAAAUUAAUGCUCGCGCCGAAUACCUGUUAAAAGUACUCAAGAAACAAAUUGAUUCCAAAUUAGGAGUGACUAAAGCAAGAAAACCCAGAAAACCAAAAGAAGUAAAAACUGCAAUUACAAAAGAAAUUAUAGAAGAGAAUGAUAGUUCAGGCGAAGAAAGUAAUAAAUCGAAAUCAAAAGUCGAAAAGCCACCAAUAAAGAAAGAAGAGGAGAUUGUUGUAAAGAAAGAAACUAAAGAGGAAGUUGAAGAUGUGGUGGAAGAGAAAAAGAAAGAAAAGAAAACUAAAAAGGAGAAAAAAGAAAAUAAAAAAUCUAAAAAGGCAAAACAAGCAGCAGGUCCGAUGCAUUUUACUGCUAAUAAUGAACCACGAGCUCUUGAUGUUCUUGGAGAUUUAGAUCCUUCUAUAUUUAAUGAGUGUAAAGAAAAAAUGAGACCAGUAAAGAAAGCACUCAAAGCUUUAGAUAGACCUGAUCAAUCGUUGAGCGAAGCAGAACAAGUUGCUCACACAAGACAAUGUCUUGUACAAAUUGGAAACCAAAUUAAUACUUGUUUAGAAGAAUACAGAGAUCCUGAACAAAUUAAAGAGUGGAGAAGUAAUUUGUGGUAUUUUGUGUCUAAAUUUACAGAAUUCGAUGCAAAGAAACUUUAUAAGUUGUAUAAACAUGCAACGAAAAAAGGAGGCGAGAGUAAUACGAGCGCUACAUCUAGCCCAGAAAAGAAAGAUGAUUCGGGUAAUGCGAAGAAGCACAGUGAAAAACAUAUCGAUAAACAACAAAUAGAAACUAAUAAAGAUAAUAGGUUACAAAAACGUAGAGUUGAAGAUAUGGAAGAAAAUUCUAAUAGUAGCAAUACACCGAGUAAGAAACAUUUCUCAGCUAUAACUGCUGUAAGCAGUAUUAGCAAUACAUCUACUGUUACUAUUGGUGCUAUCACUAUUACUCCGAUUACAUCGACUCCAAAUUCUACUUCAAGUACCACUAAUAGUGUGGAUACACCACGGCAUAAAGAGAAAGAAUCAAAACAUAAAGACAUGAAAAGAGACAGAGAACGUGAUAGGGAUAGAGAGAGAGCACAUAGUGAUAGAAGUAUGGACAGAAUGAGUGGCAAAGAUGAGAGAAUUAGAAGAGAUAGUGGUGGUUAUAGUAUAGGUGGACACUAUAGUGGAAGCAGAGAUGAUGAUCAUUGGUUAUCCCGCGAUGGAAGAGAUAUUCGAGAUGGAAGAUUUGGAGAUCAUAAACGUGAUCGUUUCGAUUCUUAUGGACGAAUGUCUGGUGGAUAUCAUCGUGAUAGAGAUAGGGAUCGUGAUCGUGGCAUGCACAUGAAUGACAAACGAAGUGAUUAUUACAGAUAUCCAUCAGGACCACCAAGUUACGGGUAUGGCCCAGGAGGAUAUGGAGGAGGAGGUGGUGGCGGCGGUUAUCCUCCAUCUGAUAUUCCACCAAGCCAUUUUAGGGGCCGAGGUUAUCCCGGAGAUAGUUAUCCUAGUGAUUGGCGACCAAACAAAGAUUAUAGACGAGAUUAUGAUAGAAGACCACCUCCACCAAAUGCUAACUCCUAGUGCUCCUUCCUUGUUACCGUUCUCGAAUGUGUCGUUGAACGGCUGUAAUUCCGAUGGAGCCUUGUGUU